AUCAAGCGAUAUGAAAGUUUGCCUGUGUUUGCAGUUUCUACGAAAGAUGAUAAGAAUGGUGAACCGCAAUAUUUAGCGGCUACAAUGGGCGACAAUUCAUUCACGAUAUACUUUUUCCCAAAUACAAUCGAUUUAAUAACACGCGAAUUACCUAAUAAAGAUGCAAAAAUCAAGUUUAUGGCUUUUAUUGCAAAAGAUACGAAACUUUUAAUAGUUUUUGAAAAAGAAACUCCAGAAAUUUGGAUUUGGAACAUGCCGGGAACCUCGAGUUUUGAAAGUGCUCAAGAAAAACAAAUUUUGGAGGAUAUUGCUUAUAAACUUAAUAUCACAAUAGAAGAAAGAGAACAAGAAUAUUUUGCAUUGAAAUUUAAUGACGUUAAUGAUUUUGAAUUUUACUUUAAA